AUGAAUUUCUUCUCCUUCCGCUUCCUCACAUUCAUAGUAUCCGUCUUCAUUCUAACAAUAGCCAUCCUCCUUUCCCCCAACGUUCGCAUGUUCACCACUCCUCGCACCCUCCUCUCCCGCCUCUUGCCUUUAGGUAAUCGUCCGGCUCCCACUGCCACGCCUCCUCACAAUAACGAGGUACCACCUAUAACAAGCAAAUCCGAUAACUCCCACUCCAAAACAAACACAUCUCCUGCACCAGCGAACAUGUCCACGACGAGCCGAACACCGGUCUACUUCCUCAGUCAUGGAGGCCCAAAUAUCAUGUACGAAAAAGACCACCCCGUCUUCCCGAAACUGCAAGAGAUCGGCCGCGAGAUCACGCAGAGGGUAAAGCCCAAAGCCGUCGUCGUCUUCUCUGCCCACUGGCAAGCCAAGCCCAACGCUAUCGAGAUCAAUACUUUCGAAGAUACAGAACUGAUCUACGAUUUCUACGGCUUUCCCUCGCAUUAUUACGAGGAGACCUAUCCGAACAAGGGCUCCUUCCCGAUAGCGCAGCACGUGAUCGAGCUGUUGACGAAGCAUGACAUCCAAGUCUCGGGCACCCGGCGCGGCCUGGACCACGGCGUCUGGGCCUCCUUCAAGGUCGCCUUCGACCCGCUCACCAACCCGCUCCAGGUCCCCGUGAUCCAGGUCUCGCUUUUCGCCACCGAGUCCCCGACCCAGCACCUCGCGCUGGGCCGCGCCGUCUCGGCGCUCCGCUCCGAGGGCAUCUGCCUGAUCAUGAGCGGCAUGGCGGUGCACAACCUGAGGGAUAUGCGCUUCGGCUUCGACGACGUGCAGCCGUAUGCGAAGAGCUUUGACGAGGCGCUGAGGGAGGCGGUGGAGGGAGAGGGGGAUAGGGACGAGAAGAUGAUUGCGCUGUUGAAGCGGAAGGAUGCCAGGGGCGCGCAUCCGAGCUUUGAGCACCUGCUGCCUGUCCACGUGGGAGUCGGAGCCGCGGCGGGGGAUGCCGGGAAGAGGCUAUGGACGCUGGUCGAGGGGCCGUUUAGCUGGGCCCAGUAUAGAUGGGGAGAGCUGCCGUGA